AGUUCCCAUUGGCCACCAGCGGGAACACAGACAUCCGGUUUGCGCGUCGGGAAGCCAGGCGCGGAGGUCGCCAUGGUGCGGUUCAAGCACAGGUACCUGCUCUGCGAAGUGGUGUCUGACGACCCCCGCUGCCGCCUGAGUCUGGAUGACAGAGUGCUGGGUAGCCUCAUUCGGGACACGAUCGCCCGCGUACACGGGACUUUCGGUGCGGCCACCUGCUCCAUCGGCUUCGCAGUGCGAUACCUGAACGCCUAUACUGGAAUAGUGCUACUUCGGUGCCGAAAGGAAUUCUACCAGCUUGUGUGGUCAGCUCUACCCUUCGUCACAUACUUGGAGAACAAAGGACACCGUUACCCGUGUUUUCUCAACACCUUACAUGUGGGAGGUACAAUUAGAACAUGUCAGAAGUUCCUGAUUCAGUACAACAGGAGACAGCUGUUGAUCCUGCUGCAGAACUGCACGGAUGAAGGAGAGCGGGAAGCUAUCCAGAAGUCUGUCACAAGAAGCUGUUUACUAGAGGAGUCGGGAGAGGACGACCUUUCGGAUGGUGGUGAGGAAGCUGCUGAAGCAAUGGAGUGAGCCUCUGCAGGUGGCACUGUGCCUAAGUCUUAGGGCCCCUUUGUUGGAUCAGGACAUUCGGGGAGGCAGCAGCAUCUUGCACAUUUCUCCAAAAUGGAUAACUGUCGAUCAGAGGCCAAGUUAGCAGCUCAAAAUGGAGGACUUAUUCACUUGAACUGAUGUCACCUUUUCCUAGGGUCGCCCGCUCAAGUGGUUCUGCAGGUUGUGGACCCUCUGUAAUUACAGCUAUCUUUGUUUCUAAUUGCCUGGCUGAGAGUAGGUUUAAUAAAUUGUAUUUGGCUUCUACAGCAUUUAGCAUACUUAGGAAGUUCAUGUUUGGCCAAGUCUCUUCCCCCGGUACUCCUAGCCUCAGUGGGAAGACCGCCUCCCACUUCAGACCUUGUACCCCCAGCCCAUAGGAUGGGCCCUAAGCGAUCCAGGUCAUUUGGAGUAGAAGUAUUAAAGAGACACCACAAAUGAGCUAUAGCUGGUCUCAGUAUUGACCCAUAGAACCUUGAAAAUACCAGGUUCCUUGUCUACUUCAUUAGGUAACUUGACAAAAAAAUGCAGUUCUAGCACUUUUCUUGAGGGGGGGGAAACCUGGCUUCACCUGACCUCAUUAUUACAAAGCCAAGUAGCAACUGCCAACUUCUGGUACUUUCUACAGUUCUACGCUUCCCUACUGACUUAUACUUACUUGCCUGGCACCUGAAAACAGAUGAGACUGCCACACUCACGGGAAUUAGGAGGGACAAGAGAUUGUGGUUAGUUUUCAUCUACCUACUAAUGACAUUUCUAGGAUGUUUUCUCAAUAAUAAAAUGGAUGUCACUCAAAGUCCUUGACACAUUUAA